GCCACUUGCCAACCACCUGUCACACAGCCACCCCAUGCCUGUUGCUGCUUGGCACCCACUGGGAGACAAGGAUGUGAAUAAACCUCAUCUGAGCUGGCUGCCAGGUCCUAAUGGGCAGGUCCGGUCCGCCCUGUGGGAGAAGUGCUACCCGGUGAGGCAUAAAACCCCGGGAUUCUGGCUGGAGGCAGCUCCUGAGAUUGCUGGCAUGAAGGGGAGCCGUGCCCUCCUGCUGGUGGCCCUCACCCUGUUCUGCAUCUGCCGGCUGGCCACAGGGGAGGACUGCAAUGAGUUUUUCAUGGACUUCCUGCAAACACUACUGGUGGGGACCCCAGAGGAGCUCUAUGAGGGGCCCCUGGGCAAGUACAAUGUCAACGAAGAUGCCAAGGCAGCAAUGACUGAACUCAAGUCCUGCAUAGACGGCCUGCAGCCAAUGCACAAGGCAGAGCUGAUUAAGUUGCUGGUAUGA